AUGUCUAAUCAAAUCAAUGUUUGCUACAAAAAUCAAUCGCUGAUACCGUUAGCCCCGAAACAAUUGGUAUUACUGACCACCACUAGUAGUGGUCAGUCAAUCAACAGUUUUAAUAUUGUAGACAACUUACCGAUUGUUAAGACAAUGAUUGCCGACACUAACAACAACAUUACCAUACAUUUAGACACUAACGAUAACAAUCAGCUACCGGAGCUACAGCACCAGCAGCUUAUCAUAACUGGCCUACAAAUUAUUAUACUAAUAGUACCCUAUAGUCUCAUAUUUUUAUUGGCCAUUAUCGGCAACAUACUGGUCAUUAUAACGUUGGCCGCCAAUCGCCGAAUGCGUUCGGUAACCAAUCGCCUACUAUUGAAUCUGGCCGUCAGUGACCUACUAUUGGCCGUAUUUUGUAUGCCGUUUACAUUGAUGGUCGUACUGUACAAACAGUUUAUUUUCGGCCAAUUGAUGUGUUCAUUGAUAUCCUAUAUGCAAGCCGUAUUAGUAAUGGUAUCGGUGUGGACACUGGUAGUCGUAUCGGUCGAGCGCUACUACGCUAUAUGUCAGCCGCUGAGGUCGCGCGGCUAUCGGCAGACCCUAUCCUAUGCCUACCGGAUCAUUGGCUUAGUAUGGUUUGGAUCGUUGGUAUUGAUGUCGCCGAUAGCCGUCGUCAGCCGACUAUUGCCCAUCGAAAACACUGGCGAUUAUGAGUGUCGGGAGUCGUGGCCAAUACAGCGCCUGUCGAUAGCGUUUACACUGUUUUUAAAUGUAAUACUAUUUAUAAUACCAUUGAUGAUAAUAUCAAUCAACUAUACGUUGAUAGCAAUUACUUUACAAUAUAAUUUAAAACUCAGUAAACAACAAACAGAUUAA